UUGUAUGUAUGUAUACAUGAAAUCUUCAUCAAGGUGUUUGGAGCAACAGUAAUAUCUCUUUGACCGAGCAAAUUAUCGCAUAGACUGUAGAGGGCACUUGUUUCUGUGACGUCACAGCAAAGCGUGGAUUAGAGUCACCGGUGUGUUUUUGAACUCGGACGACAGUGUGAACGAAGAAGCGAAAAUGGGAUUAAUUACGUAUUUUCUGAUUUCUUUCACACUAUACUAUAUGCAAGGAGUGACACAGGGUCAGGAGUAUACAGUAACAUUAACACCUACAGAAGCCAUGGUUAACAAAGGCGAGAACGUAAAGGCUCUCUGUAACAUACCUGGCCUCUCAGCUCUCGACAUCAUUAGUAUGCUCAAGGUCAGGUGGUACCACAAUAGAGAGCAGUUGACUAGUCUAUGUGAAUUUGAGGACCCCGACACAAUGUCAGACAAGUAUAUAUGCAAUGUGCUCUCCCCACAGGCAAAGAACAUCAGCUUAGAAUUUACCGUACAAAAUAUUCAGAAGAAGGACACUGGGAAUUUAACCUGUCAGGUGUGGAAACAAGUAAAGCAGAGUGGUAAAUGGAUCAGGGAUGAGCUUGUGGCAAAAAAAGAUGUGGUUAUUAAAGUGAGAGAACCCAUUAGGACAAUGGCCUUCAAGUUUGACCAAUCGCUGACAGAAACUCUAACACUUGAUAACAAUGCCGCUCCACACCGCAUUGAAGUUGAUCCGGGAAUGUAUGGGCCAACUUGUAUGGUGAAUGGCAGUACGCCAAAGGCCAAUGUGAUGAUCACGAUGGGUUCUGAAAUGAUGAAAGGGAGAAUGGUAGAUAUGCCGAAUGAGGGAGGAACACAGUUUGUUGCAGAUAAAAUGGAAUUUAAAGGUAACACAGAAUCUCUUAUAAAGUGCAGCUCCAGUGUGGAUGGUUUACCAGAUUCUAAGCAGGAAAGGACAUAUAUAGCUGUUGUUCGUACAAUUGAUCCCAAAUUCAGUUGCUCAAACAAUUCUGCCAUUGUAAACAACAAAAGACACAAGGUUACAUGCGCAGUUUAUGGUAUAGAGGGUAUUGGGUGUAACAAAAUACUUUGGCAGAAGGGCAAUGAUGGAGAAAAGUAUUUACCUGGAGAGCAUGCUGGUGUAACCAUUGAGUGCAAACAAGUGAAUGCGUCAAUGGUAGAAUCAACUAUGGAGAUCUUACAGGUUUCUGCAGAUGAUUUUAAGACUCCAUUCCGUGUAAUCUACAAUGAUCCACGGUCAAAAACAAACCAAUAUCAACUUUCCAUUCCACAAGGAGACAAAGACUCUGAAUACAGUAACUCUGCAUUGCCAGUAUCAACAACAUCAGCUGUUCUCCUGUCAUUAGUAUUAAUGGCUCUCUCUCUGAUAUUGUAACGCACAGAGAACUAGGACCUUUUUAAAUAUUUACCUUACGCAAAAAUACAGCAAAAUGUGCCUACAUGAACAGAAUAUUUCUUACAUUUUUCCAUUUAUCUUUUCUUCAAAUUUAUGAAACAUUACAAAUAUUGAGUCAGACUUAAGAUUCUGAAAUCAGCAAAAAACUCGGAACAAAUUCUAGAGAAUGUAUGUUUCACGUACCUCAUUUAAUGGAAGUUGGAUUUGUGAGAAUUGUUAAUAUUUCAGAGAUCUACAACAAGAUAGAAGUCCCAUUCUGUGUUUCCUUGUCUUAGUGGUAAUUAAAGUAGCAAAUUGUUGAAGUAGGUUUAGACAUGUUUAAAUUGCUUUGAACAUGAUUGAAAAUAGCACCAUUUCAUGUAUGAAAAUAGCACCAUUUGAGUUCUAUUUGUCCUGUGCUUGAACAUACUUUGAGAGUCAGUAGAAGAGGAAAGAUUGCUUGUAAAUAUUCAUUUUUAGCAUGAACAGAUUUCAUUAUCAUAAAAUGCUUAAAUUUUUGAAGCUAGAAAGCAGCAUAUGAAUUUAGAUCAGAGUUAUUUUCAACUGCUGGUGCAUAUUUUUAAAGCUGUAUGUAUGGUGUACAUUUAGUUUUGAAGUUGUGAAAAAUUGCAAGUUACAUGUAUUUUGUAGAGUAGAGUAUAAAUGCUUGAGAGAGAUGUUGCAAUUAGAUGAGUGAAUGUAUCAUCCUAAUAUUUGAUCAUGAGACCUUGUAAUUUGAAUGAAAGAAUUUAUAUGCACAUUUGAGCCAUUUAAAAAGUUAAAAGCUACAAAUUUGGAUUGUUUCGCAUUUUUAAGCAUAUUCUGUGGACAUGUUGGAAAAGAUGAUCAUCAAAAAAGCUAUUUAAUUUUUUUUUGUGUGUGUGUAAGAUCUCAUUAAUAAACCUAAGUUUUUUUUCUGUUGUUUUUUAUAAAGGAAAAUCAUGCAUUAUUCUCUAUUUGAAUUGCCUGAACUGAUGUAAAAUAUGUACAGUAAAACUCUUUAGUACAAACACUGGUAUAGCGAAGUUAUGGACAUAGCGAAGUUUUUUGCAAAUUCUAAACAAUUCCUUGUCAAGUUUUAGGAAUAUAACAAAGUUGGAUAUAAUAGUGAAUUUCUGGUGAUAGCAAACUGAUUUUUACUGUAUUGGUCAUUGCUUUGAAGAUCAUAGAGAGUAUGGAGGGCUUAAGAUAGACAUGCUAUUUUUAUCUAUCUUCCAGCUGAAUAUAAAUUGAUUGUUUUCACUAUUAUGUUUACCUGAAUUUUAACCCCCUUUUAUAUUUGAAUAUCUAGUUCAUGCUUUUAAGGUUGUAUGUGAAACCAGUGUGACUGUGGAGUACUUCUUUGACCUUGUAAAAUAUAUAUGUCUUACAUUCCAGUGUUAAAAUCUCAAUGACUUUGUCUGUAUGUUUGUGUUUAUAAAAGCUGAUAUCUGCAAAGAUUAUUAAUGCCUAGUAUAGCCAUUUUGUCAAUUUUCAUCACAAUUAAUGUACAUACAAUUUGUUAAUAUUGAAACUGUUUAAAAUAUGUAAUAUUCCAAUUGCUGAGGAAAGUUCAUGGUUUUUGAGAAUAUGCACCUUCAACCAGGUGUAAAAAGUGUUAAUUUAAAAUAUAUGAAGUGCUAAGAAAAACAAAGAUGUUUUAAGAAAUGUUUUUAAUUUUUUUUUUUAAAUUAUAGUGAAGAGAGGACAGGGUCUUUGCUGAGAAAAUUUUACUGUAGAAAUUGAAGUAAACAUCAUUUGAAAUGUUGUGUACAGAGAAAAUUCUUUGUUUCAUUUAUGAAAAUUUUUUUUGAAUUUUUUUUUUAAAAGAUACUCUUUAUGAAUUGAAUUUUCAGAUACAAAAUUAAUAUGUAUUAAAGAAAAGAAUGCAGGACAUCAUCUUGUGUAAUACAUUUACACCUUUACAAAAUGUUUGAAUGAGACUGUAAUACAUAUUUAGCAUAAUUAUGCACUGUAUCAAUAACAACCUAUUGUUAUAAAAUUUGAGCUUUUAAAUUAUAUUUGAUGUUGUCUUUGUCGAAAAUCUUUAAUGUUUCAAGUAGUAUUCUUUAAGUAUAGGUCUUUGUAUUUUUUAGCCAAAUACAGUUCAGCAUUAAGGUUCAUUUUUAUAUUAUUGUUAAUAUAGUUCUGUUGCUUGUUCCAUAAGUAAUGGUGACUUUUUUUUUAUUCAAGAGUAUGUUGAUUUUUUACUAUCAAAUACUGUGUAUUCUCAUAUUGCAAACAAAUGAAAGAAAGCUAUUGAAUGGUUAGUGUUGUGAAAAUGUAUUUUAAUUAAAGUUUAAUAUGUUCAUUAAAUUAAUGAUACAGUC